AUGUCUACUCUCUCCAGAAACAUGAGCGUGGGAUCUUUCUACUUUCUUCUUCUGCUGCCCCACUUUGCGGUUGCGUCUGCCUUCUCCGGGGUCUUCUUCAACACCACGGACCGCGACGUCUUGGUGGACAACUUCCUGCCGGCCAAACCCCAAAGCCAUUGGAAAGCCUCCGACUCCCACCCGAGUCUGUACUUCAGCCAGGCCGACGUCGCCAAUUUGAGGCAGAAAUCUGGGACCACCCACAGUCAAAUAUUCAAAGUCCUUCGCGCGGCGGUUCUGACCAUGCUCUCCAACAUUCCUUACUACAUGCCGCCCGCCAAGCACGAGGAGUUCAGCAGCAAGUGGAACGAGAACUACGGCAACAACCUCCCCCCGUUGGCGCUCUACUGCCUCCUGUGUCCAGAAGACGGCCCGGCUUUGCAGUUCUUGGUGAAGUUCAUGGAUCGAAUGGCGGCGUAUCCGGAUUGGAAGGUGAAGAACGCGCCCAACGACGAGGUCCCGGCCGCGCAUUCGCUGACGGGGUUCGCCACGGCCUUUGAUUUCGUUUACGCUUUCCUGGACGAGCGGAGGAGAGAGACGUACCUGAGGAAGAUCCGAGGCGAGACGGAGGAGCUGUACGAGCUGUCCAAGCACCGGGCCUGGGGCAAGCAGUACCUACAGAACCACCAGACCACCAACGUGCUCGCCAUUCUCACAGGUGCCAUCGUGGUGAGCUCCCACGAUGAUCCCGAGUCCAUGAUGUGGAAGCAAGUCUCCGUCAACUACAUGGAGAAGACCAUGUUCCUGCUCAACCAUAUCGUCGACGGAUCCCUCGACGAGGGCGUGGCCUACGGCAGCUACACGGCUAAGUCCGUCACCCAGUACGUGUUUUUAGCCCAGCGUCAUUUCAACAUCGACAACACGCAGAACAACUGGCUUCAAACCCACUUCUGGUUCUACCAUGCCACGCUUUUACCCGGGUUUCAACGCACGGUCGGCAUCGCAGAUUCUAACUACAACUGGUUCUACGGUCCGGAGAGCCAGCUGGUGUUUCUCGAUACUUACGUCUUGAAGAACGGAACCGGGAACUGGCUAGCUCAGCAGAUACGAAAGCAUAGGCCGAAAGACGGACCCAUGGGGCCGUCCACGGCUCAGCGCUGGGCGACUCUUCACACCGAGUACAUUUGGUUCAACCCGCACCUCAGUCCGCAGCCUCCCCAUGGCUACGGGCAAUCCAGGAUGCAUGUGUUUUCAAACUGGGGGGUGGUGACCUACGGAGCGGGCCUGCCGAUCUCACAGGGCAACACCUUCGUCUCGUUUAAGUCGGGAAAGCUAGGCGGCCGCGCUGUUUACGACAUAGUUCACGAGAAGCCUUACUCUUGGGUGAACGACUGGACUAGUUUCAAUCCAGGGCACGAGCACCCGGAUCAGAAUUCGUUCACCUUCGCGCCGAACGGGCAGGUUUUUGUCUCCGAAGCACUUUACGGUCCUAAAUAUAGCUAUUUGAACAACAUUUUGGUUUUUGGGCCAUCUCCCACCAGCCAGUGCAACGGUCCAUGGGAGGGGCAGAUGGGGGAGUGUGCUAAGUGGUUGCGUUGGACAGAUGAAGGGGUGGGAGACACUCGGGGAGAAGUAGUGGUUGCUUCUUCACACCAAGACACUAUGUUUGUAAGCGGGGAAGCUGUCUCAGCUUAUUCCACAGCAAUGAGACUCAAAAGCGUCUACCGUUCGCUAGUGCUGCUAAACUCUCAGACACUUUUAGUCGUGGAUCAUGUCGAAAAGUUCCCAGACUCCCCCAUUAAUUCUUUCAGCGCUUUUUUCCACAACCUUGACAUUGACUUUAAGUACGUCCCCUUUAAAUUCAUGGACAGGUACAACGGCGCCAUGAUGGAUGUCUGGGAUGCCCAUUAUAAAAUGUUCUGGUUUGACACACAGGGUCACAGCCCAGAUACCAGAAUACAGGAGGCGGAGCAGGCAGCCGAGUUUAAAAAGCGGUGGACGCAGUAUGUCAAUGUCACUUUUUCAAUGACAAACACAGUGGCGAGGGUAGCUUACAUUAUGCACGGCCCUUAUGUGAAAAUAUCCAACUCUAGGUUCAUUGACAAUAGCCACAAUGGGGUAAGACUCUCAAUAGUCAUCAAUAACACUGAGAAUAUUGUAUCUAUAGCCACUAACUACAAAGAUAUAGGCGCCAGGUUGAGUUAUCUGGGGUUCGGAGGGCAUUGCAAAGUAGAGGACUCAUACCAAGUGACGCGAUACGGCCUCGGAACGCAGCUCAUUCCCAAACAAAUAAGCAGCGAUAAUCAGCUGUUUGAUUUGGUGUUUACCGUGAAUGUCAUAGCCGGGGUGGUGCUGUGCGUAGCCGUGGCUUUUCUGACCCUGCAGAGAAAGUUUUACGUGUGCUUCAGCAGGCUCAUGCGCUACGCCCUGCUCUGCGUCCUCCUUCUCUGGAUCGCGGAGUUGCUGUUCGUGUCCAACAGCUGCGAUAAACUUCUCUGCGGGGUCAAAUGGAAAGGGACGGACCCUCAGAAUGAAGUCAACAAGCAGAUCAGGCUGUACGAGCAACAGCGCCUACCUUUGCCAAACGUCCUGAUCACAGCUUUGCCUGGAGCUGGCGCGGAGCUUCUCAAACAUCUCUUCUACAACAACUCUGAUUUUGUCUACGUACGCGUUCCGACGGAGCACUUGGACAUCCCAGAGACUGAGUUCGAGUUUGACUCUUUGGUGGACGAUUGCGAGUGGUCUAGACUGGACGCGAUUCAAGGACGCUUCAAAAUCAUCCAGGGUUGGCUCCACUCGCUGGUCUAUGACAUUAGACUACACUUGCAGAAUAUACAAUUAGUAGAAGAGAGCAGAAUCCCCAAAGCGAGAAGCGUUAAUAUUGUGAGGGAUAGAAAGAAGCGUUUCAGGAGGAGAGAAGUAGCGUCAGAAUUGAGGGGGAAACUCAAAGCAAACUCCGACAGAGACGUGGAAUAUAUUCGAGAUUUGCGACGCCAUGUUGUGGAGUACCCUAGUGCUCGCGUGGCUCUCUUUUUGCGCAGCGGGAGUUGGCCUCUCAAACUCCCUUUCAUCCAAGAAGUAGUGGGACCAUCUCUGCGGACAAUAUACUUAGUCCGUGACCCUCGAGCGUGGAUUUAUAUUAUGCUCUACAACAGCAAGCCCAGCCUUUACUCACUCAAGAACAUCCCCCAGCAUCUGUCUUUGAUAUUCAAGGAGGAUUCUGUCAGGGAGGGCUGCCCGGCCGUCGCACCGGAGUUUAAAACAAUCCGCAAACUAUUGACGCUCUCCGAGACAAACCCGGUCUUAAUCCUGGCGCACCUGUGGCUAGCUCACACCGCGGCGGCCCUGAGGGUUAGCCAAAGCAUCCCGCCAGACUCAUAUCUCCACGUGAGGUUUGAAGACUUGGUCAACCACCCCCAGGAAACUGCCGAGACGAUUCACUCUUACCUGGGGGUGCCUUUGUCGCCCGCUGCCCUCAAUCAACUCCUGUUCACGACGUCCACAAACCUCUACAACCUGAUGUACGAAGGGGACAUUUCGCCGGCGAACAUUAACGCCUGGAAGAUGAAGAUGCCGAGGAAAGACAUCAGGAUGGUGGAGGAUGUAUGUGGGGAGGUCAUGAGGAGGUUGGGGUACUUGAGGUGA